AUGAUGGUGGUUGCACCCCUCGCGAUCGCUCCGCUCGUCGCAGCGCUGCUGGCUGGCGCGCUCGACCCGCAGGUGAUCGACGGACAGGUCGUCUCGCUCCCCUCCCACGGUGUCGCCUUCCACGCCGAAUGGCUUCGAGAGCGCUGCCAGACGGGGACGGUGUGCGUUUGCGAGGAGACGCUCCAGCCCAAGAAGAACCCGCACGAGUUUGACACGCCGGCUGUCGAGACGGCGUCCAUGGUCGGCGACGAGCUUCGGGUCUCGUUUGCCGACGGCGUCACCUCAAAGUACGCAGUGGACCGCCUCGUCGCAGAGCAACGAGGCUCGAGCGAGCUGGAGCCGCGGAUGCUGCAAGUGGAGCAGUACGGGCUGCCCGAGGUGCUGCUGUGGGACAAGAACCUCACCGCGCCGCCGGUGGAGCUGUUCGACGACCUCGUCUCCGACGAUGCCACGCGGGGCAGGACGCUCGACCAGCCUGCUCAGCGUGGGCAAUAA